GGGAGCUAACGACUCACAAAACGCUCUCGUUUCCUUCAGUAUUAUUCUCUAUGGCGGAGAGCGGGAGGAUGAAGAGGCCGGCUGAUGUUCUAAUGUCGUCGUCGUCGUCGCCAACUCGACCACCGGUGACAAAAGAAGAGGAUGAAGAUGAACAAGUUGAGAAAUUUUAUGCUCUUAUUGGUAAUAUCAAAGCAAUGAGAGAAGUUUGGAAAGCAAACGAAUCAAAUAAAAAAUCGAGAAAAGAGACGCUAGCUAGCCUUUGGAGGCCAAAGUUUGAAUUGGAAGAUUUUUACGAGGAGGCGAAGAUCAGCAAUAAUCCCGGGAAGGAGGUGGAAGGGAAGGAGGAGGAGGGAGAAAAAGAAGAAUUAAAGGGGAACAAAUGCAGUAAUUUGGAUCUCAGCCUUUCAUUAUAAGGCUAGUUAGUAUUGUUCAAAAAGGGAGUUUAAAUGUAAAUUUCAUUUGUUUUCUAAUAAAUUUGUUCUCGAAGUUAUAUUUUAGUUUUUUUUAAUAGUAUUUUACAAUCU